AUGAAAAUCGAAAAGGCCUGCGAUCAAGCAAAGCGGGACGGGCAUACCUGGGUUUGGAUCGACACAUGCUGUAUUGACAAAGAAAGCAGCGCGGAUCUGAGUGAGGUCGUCAACUCAAUGUACCGAUGGUACGCGGAUGCGACUGUAUGUUAUGUCUACCUGGCAGAUGUCACUAUCGAAAGCCACAGGCGAGGGGACAUCCACAAGCUCCCACAAGAUGUUGACUAUCUUCGUCUCAAAUUCGCAGCAGGCCGAUGGUUCACGAGAGGCUGGACACUGCAAGAAUCGAUAGCUCCUAAGGAAGUGAGGUUUUACGACUCUGAAUGGUUCUUUAUUACGACCAAAACCCAAAGCACAGCUGCAUUAGCCAAGGUCAGCGGCAUUGAUGAGAUAGUACUUCGUCGUAGCUAUCAGGCCAAGCACUUCUCUGUUGCGACCCGCUUCUCAUGGGCAGCAAAGCGGCAAACCACCAGAGUGGAAGACGAGGCCUAUUCUCUGGUCGGCCUUUUUGAUGUCAACAUGCCGAUGAUCUACGGAGAGGGCCAGAAAGCUUUCAUCAGGCUUCAGGAGGAGAUCAUAAAAACGUGA